AUGCUACAACUUCCUCCGCCUCUCAAGAUCUCCACGCGACCAACCACAUCUCUUCCAUUCAUUCACCCAUCACCACUAAUCCCCUUGGGAAUCAGUGUGGAACCACAGAGUUCUUGUCUUAAAGAUAAAAAGAAGGGUGAAGGAGACUUUGUAGUCAAAGAACUAUUUGUACAAGACGUGUUACGAAACAAUUAUCUGCUUCAUGUACUCGGAAAAGAAUCUCCUGUAUUACUUCUUCCUCGCAGUUCAGUUGACAUUUCUAUUUGCUCAAAAUUACGUGUCGGAUGCCAGCAACAAAAUGUGAACCCUGGAUUUUCCAUUAAUGUAUGCAACUCUAAGGGAAUGAAUUUCUCAAAAGGUUUUGUUUAUGAUGUUGGAUAUUGUCCCUGCCAAUAUAAUCGAGUCUUGGAUGCAGGUAUUUGA